AUGACCGAGCCGCAGCCGGAGCCGGAGCCGGACGCCUCGACGCCGUGGCACGACGGGUGCUACUGCUUCCGGACGGACCAGCUGGACGCGGCGCGCGCGGCGGGGCAGUCGAUUCGCUGCGGCGGCGGCCUUAAAUGCGCCUGCCUCGACCCCACCCUGCUGCCUUCCACCUUCCCGGCCGACUUCUUCGACCUGGAGUCCGCCAGCUGGGACGCCAUCAUUGAUCCGCUCAUCGACAUCCCGUCGCCAAACGCCCCCUCCGAUCAAAAGAAGCGCCCCAUAUCACACCCCUCCUCGUGCAAGUGCCCCUGCGCCGCACGCCAUGUCGCGGAGGCUGUCAUCGCCGCAAAGCGACGUAGGUGCUGCGGGCCCAACUGCACCUGCGCCCUGGGCGACUGCAAAUGCCCGCAAAACUCAGUCCCCACCGCGCUUCGCUGUUGUGGAGACGCAGAUCCAGAUAUUGUCGCUCAAAACGUCGCCAACACCCUCUCCAUGAAUUCGCCCCACCUCAACCCCUCCCAACCCGCAAACCCGCACCCGGCUUCGUGUUGUCAACCAUCGCCCGCUCGCCAAACCGACCCCAUUGCAGCCACCACCCCACCGCAAACACCAUCCUUCUUUCCUCAUCCCUAUCCGCCCACACAACCCCACCAACCUCCUGCAUCUCUUGUUCUUGCUCUGCUAGAUCAGCAACAGCCACUUAUUCGUCCCCCGGUACCCGUCUCAUUUCAACAUGCCGUUCCUUCUCAAGUGCAACCACCGCUCACAUCAUGUGCCGAUACCCCACCUCCUGCACCCUUUCCCUCUCUCUCCCCGCAUAUUAUCACUCCGCCUCAUUGCAUCCCAAGCUCUGCGCACCUCAAUCCAAUAUUAUCUCCCUCAUCAUCUGCAUUGGUCCCACCUCUUCCGGAAACCCAACAACUGAAUCAACUCCCCCCUAGAUGCAGUUCAUGCGCCAAACGUAUUACACCUGCGGCCGAAUCACCUCCACGGGAAUCUAAGACCACAUCCACCGUCUUGGCCCAACUCUAUCCUCCCACUACCUUGGCUUUGCGAAAACAGCCAAAUGGUAUUCAUCCUCCAGCCGUCGCAUCAUAUCAACUGCUUGUGCCGGAAGUGACGCCUAAGCAAUCCGCCAACCCUACGAUAGACUCACCAUCCAAGCAUCUACUUGUCCCGGAGGAACCAUCGGACACAAGCACCCAACAGAGCACGGGUCACCAACCUAAUGACACAGUUCCGCAACAAAAGCCUCGCGCCCGCUGUUCUGAGAAAGGAACUGGUCGUCGACGGUCGGCCCCACUACCCAACCCGAAGGGUGCGCCAUCAGCAUCGACAACAUCAGCGCCUUCCGUGUCAUCCACUCCGUCUGAUAAUGGCGAGGAGCGCAGUCGACAGUUUGCAUGUAGCCAAUGCCCGUCCACGUUUUUCUUCAAGCAAAACCGUGACCGACACGUCAACGAAGUGCAUCUGGGGCAUCGCCCACACAAGUGCAACUUCCCCGGAUGCGACAGUGCGUUCAAAAACCGAUCAGGACUUAAGCAACACGCCCGAACCGUGCAUGAGAAGGCGCGCCCGUACAAGUGUACUCAGUGCGACUCUGCGUUUGGACAACGCAACCACUUGACACAGCAUGUCCUUGUGGUGCAUGAAAAAGUGAAGAUGUACAAAUGCGAGCUAUGCAGCAUGACCUUUUCCAACGUCGGGAACCGCACUCAGCACAUGAAGAGACGGCACUCGCAAACGGCCUCUUGA